AUGAAACUGCUGACUGAAGGUUCCAGACUCCUCCAUCAGCAGAGAAGGAGGGCCUUCCAGACUCCAUCAGCAGAGAAGGAGGACCUUCCAGACUCCUCCAUCAGCAGAGAAGGAGGACCUUCCAGACUCCAUCCAUCAGCAGAGAAGGAGGACCUUCCAGACUCCUCCAUCAGCAGAGAAGGAGGACCUUCCAGACUCCUCCAUCAACAGAGAAGGAGGGCCUUCCAGACUCCUCCAUCAGCAGAGAAGGAGGACCUUCCAGACUCCUCCAUCAGCAGAGAAGGAGGGCCUUCCAGACUCCUCCAUCAACAGAGAAGGAGGGCCUUCCAGACUCCUCCAUCAGCAGAGAAGGAGGACCUUCCAGACUCCUCCAUCAGCAGAGAAGGAGGACCUUCCAGACUCCAUCAGCAGGGAGGGAGGGCCUUCCAGCUCCAUCAGCAGUGGAGGGCCUUCCAGCCUCCAUCAGCAAAGGAGGAGGGCCUUCCAGCCUCUAUCAGCAGGGAAGGAACUUCCAGCAUUUCGGGGGAAGGGAAAAACUCGGCGCGACAGAAAGAAACUCCUCUCUCACACACACGGAAGAAGAAGAAGAAGAGAAGAAAAGAAGAAGAAGAAGAAGAAGAAGAAGAAGAAGAAGAAGAAGAAGAAGACUUAAUUAAAGGAAAUCUGUUCCAGACUCCUCCAUCAGCAGAGAAGGAGGGCCUCCCAGCCUCCAUCAGCAGAGAAGAAGGGACUUCCCGACUCCUCCAUCAGCGGAGAAGGAGGGCCUUCCAGCCUACAUCAACAGAGAAGGAGGGCCUUCCAGACUCCUCCAUCAGCAGAGGAGGAGGGUCUUCCAGCAUCUAUCAGCAGAGGAGGACCUUCCAGACUCCUCCAUCAGCAGAGGAGGAGGGUCUUACAGCCUCCAUCAGCAGAGAAGGAGGACCUUCCAGCCUCCAUCAGCAGAGGAGGACCUUCCAGACUCCUCCAUCAGCAGAGGAGGAGGGUCUUCCAGCAUCUAUCAGCAGAGGAGGACCUUCCAGACUCCUCCAUCAGCAGAGGAGGAGGGUCUUACAGCCUCCAUCAGCAGAGAAGGACUUGCCAGACUCCUCCAUCAGCAGAGGAGGACCUUCCAGACUCCAUCAGCCUCCAUCAGCAAAGGAGGAGGGCCUUCCAGCCUCCAUCAGCAGAGAGGGACCUUCCAGCAUUUUUGGGGAAGGGAAAACUCGGCGCGACAGAAAGAAACUCCUCUCUCACACACACGGUGGGAAUUGGAAGAAGAAGAAGAAGAAGAAGAAGAAGAAGAAGAAGAAGAAGAAGAAGAAGAGGACUUAA